GACGAACAUGAUAAUCUACCAUCGACUGAAAGCGAACCGUGCAGAGAGGAGGAAAAAGCAGCUCAAAAAAAGUUUGUACGGGAGAGGGCUGUUUUAAACCAGAGUGUUUCGACACAGACAACAGACGCUCGUCGGGCUCUUUGCCCCACUUUGGAUUACGAUAUGGACGCUUUGAAAUCCGCUGGAAGGGCAAUUAUACGGAGCCCUAGUAUCGCCAAACAGUCGUGGGCAGCGGGGAGACAUAAAAAGCUUCCAGAGAACUGGACGGACACCAGAGAGACCCUUCUGGAGGGGAUGGUGUUCCAGCUCAAGUACCUGGGGGUCACGAUGGUUGAGCAGCCCAAAGGAGAGGAGCUGUCUGCGACCGCUGUUAAGAGAAUAGUGGCCACGGCCAAAGCAAGUGGAAAAAAACUCCAGAAAGUCACAUUAACGGUCUCCCCAAGAGGAAUCAUCCUUUACGACAGUGCCUCCAACCAGAUGAUAGAAAACAUCUCCAUAUACAGAAUAUCAUAUUGCACGGCGGACAAGAUGCAUGACAAAGUGUUUGCCUACAUCGUCCAGAGCCAACACAAUGAGACGCUGCAGUGUCAUGCCUUCCUCUGCACAAAGAGAAAAAUGGCCCAGGCAGUGACCCUAACGGUGGCUCAGGCUUUCAGAGUGGCGUUUGAAUUCUGGCAGGCUGCCAAAGAAGACAAAGAGAAGCGAGUGAAGUCAGGUUCAGAGGAAGAAGCAGCCAGCAGCUCGCAGUCGGACAGCUCGGCCAGCCUGGGCAGCCUGAAGGGAGGAGAGGUGGCCACAGGAACACUUCUGGACUUGGCAGAGGGUGCCAACAUGGCGCUGGUCCACUCAGGAACAAAGCAGACUGAAUCGGAUCCCUUUACGGUGCAUAAUCAUGCGACAGAGAACAACAAUACUGUAUGGGAGUUGGAGGACGGUCUGGACGAGGCUUUCUCAAGACUCGCUGAGUCUCGCACUAACCCCCAGGUCCUGGACAUUGGGGUAAACCCUCAGGACUUCAACACUGAAGAGUGCCUGUCCCCAGGCAAAUGGGACCAAGAGGACAUAGACUUCCCCCCACAGAAAGACCCUUUCUAAAAGUGAAGCCUCUGCCAAGAAGGAAAACAGGGAAAGUGGGGGAUAGAUGUUGGUAAUACAUGGUUGGAAACUGUGAGAAGACGAACAUUUGAUCGGAAAGGUUUCCCACCUUCUCCCUGCUGCCAAGUCCUCUCCCUGAUGCGUUUGCAGACCAGAGAAGGACGACACGAGCAGGCUGCUCACAGAACAGGCCAAAGCAAUACAAACCAUUUUAUCCCUUUUCUAUGAAAAACACAUGCAGUCAUUAUGUUUGUUACAGUCAGUGUAUUACUUAUUUUUUCUGUGUACCCAUUCACUGUCAGUAAUGUGUUUGUGGUAUGUGCUUGUGGACAUUGCGAUAACGAGAGCGUGUGUGGAUGUACAGAAUAUAAAUGUACAAAGUGAGAUAUGAGAGUGUGUUAAGCAGGUUGUUACAAAAGGAAAAAGGUCAACAAGGGUGCUGUCACAUAUUUUAUUUAGCUAGAGAUGGAGAAACUGGAUAAGAGGGAAAAGUCAUGGGUGGAGACCAGAAAUGCAAAAUAAUAAAGUAACUACCUAUGUGCUUCAAGGAUUCAGCCUUUUGUUGGGCAACAAAAGCUUUAAAAAAGAUGUGUGUGUUUUGGUCAAAGAGUGCUCGUGUGAAAAAUGGAUGCGAACAAAAUGACAAUCUUAUUUUUUUUUUCUAUUGCAAAAUCUAUUUUUGCACUCAUCCACUUCGAAAAGCACAUAUUUAAUGUAAGGGAAUUUAACUUCACAAAGCAUCAAGCUCAUUAUUCAGGCUUAUAUACAGUGCCUCUGUUAACUCUUUUCGUGUUAAUUUUUUUAUCUGUAAAUCACAGUGUUCAAACCCAACAUUUGUAGGAAAAAAAACUUCAAAUGGCACCAAAUUUCAAACUAAGCCAGUCUUUAAUCCCACUGUGGCUCAUGGACAGGACCUGGAUGUCAAAGUGGAGGCAAGUCAUGUCAUUUUUUAAACUUGCAUUAACAUGACAGCUUCUACCUUGUCACCAAGUUGCUUUUAAUCACGUGUUUCAUAGUUAAAAGUAAGACAUGAAGUCCAAAAGGUGUUUUAUCAGCACUGUACCACUAUAUGUUAAAUUAUAUCGUUGCAUUGACUUUGCAAGUUUACUAUUUUUAUUCCGGGGAGGGUUCCCAGUGUUACUUUUGGCAUUGUUUAUGUAUGAAUUUAAUUUAAUUCAUUAAUUUACAUUAAAAAAUUAUAAAAGUAAAAA